AUGGUGACUCUGAUGCCGUGUGGCUACCUCGGCGGCGCCUCACCGCGCUGCAACUUGGAUCACGAGCCUAAGGCAAAGCGAUCCAGACCCGACACGGGAACUGAUGUACGGUUGUCAGGAGAAGUGAACACGAGUCCAUGCGAAUCGGAAUCGACGUCUGAGUCACCCCCAUCACUACUGCAGGAUGCAACAUUACCUGCACUGCUAGUAUCAGGGGCUACAACACUGUUUCAAAACACUACAACACCGGCUAACAACCUAAGUUUGAACUCGGUAGAUGGUUUAAGCUUACCGAAUAGUUCGGAAGUGGAAAGUUGUAAUUUGGCGAACGGAUGCGCUACGAGCUCGUCUCUGGCCGGUUUGGCUCUACCUUUGACGUCAUCAGGAGGACUUUGCUCAACGACAUCGUCGUCAGCCGUCGCCUGGUUGAUGAAUGAGGAUAGCACGGGGGGUGGUGUUAAGAGCGAGGUGCGCAGCCCGGGGCUGUGCGAAGCAGACGUGGCGUUGUACGGCGAGUCACUCCAGUACGACCAGUCCACGCUGCCUUACCAGUAUUACAAUAGUAUGCAGCAGUAUGGAGGCGGAGGAACGGCAUCGUCUUACGUCGGUUCAACGUUGUACAACCAGCCGUACGCGGCGUACCCGCCACCGCACAAUACUAAUAAUAGAUCAUCAUGUAAAGCCACGCCGACGUACUUGAGUUACGGUGUCGGUAGCGUUGGUUCAGUACCCAGCAACUUUGCAGCUCAACCUUCACCGUACUACCCGUCCUACAACGGUGGCUUGGCGCAGUCCUUUACGAACACACAACAGGAUUAUAGCAGUUACGCAACAGGAUACGCCGACCAUAGCGUCGCUCAAUAUGGUGGCUACUACGCCACCCCUAGUUAUUCACCCUACGUUAGUUCUCCUAGUAGCAGUGGCAGUGCUGGGCACACAUCAUAUCAUCUUGGAGGAACUCUAUCUGAAUCUCCAUCAUCUAUGCUUCCAACUUUAAACGACACACCACUGUCUCCUAUUAAAAAUGAAGUGCAUCCUGCAAGUCGGAGGUGUAGAGAAAACUCUGGUGAAAGCACAGCAAGUAGAUCAAGGGGUCGCGGUCGUCGUAAUACGUCAUCGUCCCCAGCACAACACGUCCCCGAGCCUACAACGGAGCGAGUCUUUAUAUGGGAUUUAGAUGAAACUAUCAUAAUUUUCCAUUCCUUACUCACUGGCACGUAUGCCACUAAGUACAAUAAGGAUACUCAACAAAUAGUGCAAUUAGGCUUCAGAAUGGAAGAGAUGAUAUUUAGCUUGGCAGAUACGCAUUUCUUCUUUAAUGAUGUUGAGGAAUGUGACCAGGAACACAUAGACGCAGUGGCGGCCGACGACAACGGUCAAGACCUCUCCGCGUACAACUUCGCCUCAGACGGCUUCCACGCGAGCGCCGCACCCAACACCGGCUUAUGCGCUCCUGGUGUUCGAGGCGGCGUCGACUGGAUGCGGAAACUGGCGUUUAGAUAUCGGAAGAUAAAGGAUACAUAUAAUAAUUAUAGAAAUAGUGUGGGUGGAUUAUUAGGACCAACGAAAAGAGAACAAUGGUUGCAAUUAAGAGCAGAAUUAGAACAAGCAACCGAUAACUGGUUGACGUUGGCUUGCAAAUGUCUCAAUAUGAUUAACUCGAGAGAAAAUUGCGUGAAUGUACUAGUGACAACAACACAGCUAGUACCAGCACUUGCCAAAGUUUUGUUGUUCGGUCUCGGUGGAGUAUUUCCUAUUGAAAAUAUAUAUUCUGCUACAAAAACAGGGAAAGAAACAUGCUUUGAAAAGAUUAAACAAAGAUUUGGAGAGAGAUGCACAUACGUUGUUAUUGGAGAUGGUCAAGACGAGGAAGCUGCGGCAAAAGCAAAGAAUUAUCCCUUUUGGAGGAUAUCCGGCCAUUCUGACAUCGCUGCUUUAUACAAUGCGUUAGACAUGGGUUUCUUAUGAUUUGCUGUUACCCUGGUACUUUUGUAUUGUAACUACGAAAUAGAUAAAAAUAUGUUCUUCACAAAAAACAAGUUAGUAACAGUUAAUUUUUGGAACAUCGCUGCUGUGUACAAC